AUGGAAAAUCAGAACAAUGUCACAGAAUUCAUUCUCUUGGGACUUUUUAUGAAUAAAGAAAUCAAGAUAAUAUGUUUUACUUUCUUCUUGCUCUGUUAUUUUGCAAUCUUCCUGGGAAAUUUCAUCAUCUUCAUCACUAUCACAUGUAGCCAUCUGAUUCAGCAGCCCAUGUACUAUUUUCUCUGUCACCUGGCUCUCAUGGAUUUGGCCUAUACUUCCACCAUCGUACCUAGACUGAUCAGAGACCUAGCUGCCAAGAGCAAAAUCAUUUCCUUUAAUUGUUGUAUGAUUCAGCUCUUCUCUGCUCACUUGCUGGGAGGUGUUGAAAUGUUCAUUCUGGUGUCCAUGGCCUUUGAUCGCUAUAUUGCCAUCUGUAAACCUUUGCACUACACAGUCCUUAUGAAUCGGCUCAGAUGUAACAUGCUGAUAUUGAUGGCCUGGGCAGUGGCCUUUUGGCACUCUAUCGCCCAGCUGCUCAUGGUCCUCAGCCUACCUUUCUGUGGUCCUAAUCAGAUUGACCACUACAUAUGUGAUGUGAAACCCCUCUUGAAACUGGUCUGCACCAAUACUCAUGUUGUUAGUAUCUUGGUCAUUGCCAACAAUGGGAUGGUUUGCUUGGUUACUUUUCUAGUCCUGGUAGCAUCUUAUAUAGUCAUAUUGUAUAAUCUUCGAAAGCACUCAGUAGAGGGUAGGCACAAAGCCCUCUCCACCUGUAGUUCCCACAUCAUGGUUGUGGUCCUGUUUUUUGUCCCCUGUGUCUAUACCUAUGUGCCACCACCCAGUGCCAACAAUAAUGAAAAGGAGUUUUCUGUGUUGUACACUGUGAUUGCACCCAUGCUGAACCCUCUUAUCUACACACUGAGAAAUACAGAAAUGAAGAAUGCCAUGCGAAAGCUGUGGACAUCUAAAAUUUUUUCAGAAUUGAACGUUUUUAAUCUUAGGAAAGAUGGAGGGAGAAAAAAUGACAGAAAAAAUUCCUAA